CGCUUGUUACAGUUGCAGUUUUGUAAUUGUUUGCAUAAUUAUUUGACUAAUGCAGACUCAUUAAACUGUCGGCUUCACAAGGGCAGGAACCAUGGCCAUUUUUACUCAACAGUUACAUCCCUAGCCUCUAGCACAGGGCCUCCCGCAUUGUAGCAGCUUAAUAAAUAGUUGCUGAAUACAUGAAUGAAAGUUUCAUAAAUGGAUUUUCCUCAGCAGUACUGCCUGCAACAUGCUAGCUGCUAUGAGAGAUCAUGAAGAUGGAUGAAUAUAGGCACACUUAACUCUUAGGAGAGCUCAGUCAUAGCCAAGAAAAGAAUGAGACAUGUGCCCAAAAAUGAUUGUAUAAGUUAGAUUGCAACUGGGGCUUGAAAAAAUACUUUUAAUUAUUUGAAAAUGCACUGCUAGACUCUCCUUUUGUCAAUAAAUUCACAGUGAAUGAAUUAUAGUGUUAAGUAGCUCAGACAUUAUUUAUGGCAGUCUCUAAUGUUCAUAAAGUAAUCAGUCCUAUCUCUAAAGGAAAUAAAAAGUUGAACAAAUUAAAAGAUUUAAAUUUGAAAAAGAUAGAUUAAAAUAUACUAAUGUUUUUAAAUGUCGGGACAUUAUCCCUGUGAAGCUGGUAUAUGUGAAAAGUACGAGUAAAUUUUUAGUACUGCCAAACAGUUUUUGGAAGUUGGUUCAAAGCAAUCUGCUAGUAUUAAGAUUGUAGAAGUGUUUGGGGCUCGUCAGAAACCUCUUUAGGUCUACAUUUUGUGAGACCGUUAGGUCAGCCCUCACUGAGGUUGUUUUUUUUUUUUUUCCUUGUUCCAACUUUACUUACGUUGUUUGACCCCAACCCUGGUGUUGUGGUAUUAAGCCAGUGCUCAGCGAAAAGGCUGGCUGGGCCGUGCAUUCUCAGAGAAGUCAGGUGAUAGUUGUGUGAAGGCAGCUGCUGGAGGUUCAAAUCAGUCAGUGUCCCCUCUCUUCGGUCUCUGGACAGCUUGUGAUUUACCAGACUCCUCAGAAGUCCUUGCUCUCUGGUGGAGGGGAGGGAUUAUGCAACGGGCUUUCGGUUGAUCCAAUGGGAAUUACAUUGAUCUGGUGUCUGGCCUUGGUUCUUAUCAAGUGGAUCGCCUCUAAGAGGCGUGGAGCAAUUUCCUAUGACAGUUCUGAUCAGACUGCGUUGUACAUUCGUAUGCUAGGAGAUGUACGUGUAAGGAGUCGAGCAGGAUUUGAAUCAGAAAGAAGAGGUUCUCAUCCAUAUAUUGAUUUUCGUAUUUUUCACUCUCAAUCUGAAUUUGAAGUUUCUGUCUCUGCAAGGAAUAUCAGGAGAUUACUAAGUUUCCAGAGAUAUCUUAGAUCUUCACGGUUUUUUCGUGGUACUACAGUUUCAAAUUCUCUAAACAUUUUAGAUGACGAUUAUAAUGGACAAGCCAAGUGUAUGCUGGAAAAAGUUGGAAAUUGGAAUUUUGAUAUCUUUCUAUUUGAUAGACUAACAAAUGGGAAUAGUCUAGUAAGUUUAACCUUUCAUUUAUUUAGUCUUCAUGGAUUAAUUGAGUACUUCCAUUUAGAUAUGAUGAAACUUCGUAGAUUUUUAGUUAUGAUUCAAGAAGAUUACCACAGUCAGAAUCCUUACCACAAUGCAGUCCACGCUGCAGAUGUUACCCAGGCCAUGCACUGUUACUUAAAAGAACCCAAGCUUGCCAAUUCUGUAACUCCUUGGGAUAUCUUGCUGAGCUUAAUUGCAGCUGCCACUCAUGAUCUGGAUCACCCAGGUGUUAAUCAACCUUUCCUUAUUAAAACUAACCAUUACUUGGCAACUUUAUACAAGAAUACCUCAGUCCUGGAAAACCACCACUGGAGGUCAGCAGUCGGGCUGCUGAGAGAAUCUGGCUUGUUCUCACAUAUGCCACUAGAAGACAGGCAAGAAAUGGAGACUCAGAUAGGUGCUUUGAUACUUGCCACAGAUAUCAGUCGCCAAAAUGAGUAUCUGUCAUUGUUUAGAUCUCAUUUGGAUAGAGGGGACUUAUGUCUAGAAGAUGCUAGUCAUCGGCAUUUAGUUUUACAGAUGGCUUUGAAAUGUGCUGAUAUUUGUAACCCAUGUCGGACCUGGGAACUAAGCAAACAGUGGAGUGAAAAAGUAACAGAAGAAUUCUUUCAUCAAGGAGAUAUAGAAAAAAAGUAUCAUUUGAGUGUGAGUCCAUUUUGUGAUCGUCAGUCCGAAUCCAUUGCCAACAUCCAGAUUGGUUUUAUGACUUACCUAGUGGAGCCAUUAUUUACGGAAUGGGCCCGGUUUUCAAACACCAGGCUCUCACAGACAAUGCUGGGCCACGUGGGGCUGAAUAAAGCCAGCUGGAAGGGAAUGCAGAGAGCGCAGUCUAGCAGCGAGGACACCGAUGCUGCUUUGGAGGAGUUGAACUCACAAUUAUUACCUCAGGAAAACCGGUCAUCUUGACCCCCAGAAUCAGGGGGACAUACUGCCUCCUGGAGGGUUUUAGAAAUGUGAAAUGGGUCUUGAGGUGAGAGAACUCACUCUUGACUGCCAAGGUUUCCAAGUGAAUGAUGCCAGCAUUAUUUAUUUCCAGGACUUCCUCUGUUGGAUCAUUUGAACCCACUUUUUCAUUGUAAGACCUGAACACAUAGCAAUAUGCAUUUGGCUUUUGUGUAGAACCUUGAAUAUGCAAAGCCCAGCAGGAAAGAAUCCAGGACUAACAAUGGAAGUAUCACAGCGUGCCACGUGUUUUUCAAAACAAACUAGAAUUUAUUCUUCAAACCGUGAAACUUGAACUGAAUCUUUCAGCAGAAAUCUCUUGGAAUUUAACCAGUCUGAUGCAACAAUGUGUAUCUGUACCUUCCACUAAGUUCUCACUGAGAAAACAGAAAUGUGAAGUGCCCAGCCUCUGCUGCCUCUGGCAAGACUCAAUGUUUACAAAUCAACUCUGAAAAUACUGGUUCUAACUUUGCCGUGGAGCAUGAUUGUGAAGGAACCACUUAGCAUUUUUAAAGAUCAAACCGUAGACUGCAGCUCUCUCAUCCCCCUGGUUUGCCUUCUUUCUUCUUUGGAUGCCACCAAAGCCCCCCCUUCGCUAUGGUUUUCGCUUGUGCGCUGGAAACUGAGCAUUUCUCCCAGAGUCCUGCCAAGCUUCCACUCCAGUGCUGUUUGGCAAUGCAAUUUAGUUUUAACUCUUAGGUUUUCAUUUGGGGUGGGAGGGGAAGAACACCGAUGUCCCAGCUGUAUUAUGAUUCUGCGGUGAAGACAUCGCAUGUUGUUUUCACUACUGUACACUUGACCUGCACAUGCAAGAAAAAGGUGGAAUGUUUAAAACACCAUAAUCAGCUCAGGGUAUUUGCCAAUCGGAAAUAAAGUGGGAUGGGGAAGUGUGUCCUUCCGAUCAAGGGUACUAAAGUCCCUUUCGCUGCAGUGAGUGAGAGGUACGUUGUGUGUGAACGUCUGGGUGCGUGUUUGCGUGCAUGUCUGUGCAUGUGUGACUGUGCAUGUGUUAAUUUAUCCAUGUGGGGAAGGAUCUGCAAUGUAAGCUUCUAUUUAUUAUUUUAGAACGUGACAUAGUGAGCAGCCACACCCGGGGGAGGGGAAGGUAGGUCAGCUGAAACAGAUCGCUCCAGUUGCCUUAAACUAUGCACAAAGCUAAGUGACCAAACUUCUUGUUUUGAUUUGAAAAAAGUGCAUUGUUUUCUUGUCCCUCCCUUUGAUGAAACGUGACCCUUUGAUGGGCCUUUUGAUGCGAACAGAUGUUUUUUAGGACAAAAUUUAAGGACAUAAUUUUGAAAAACAUUCCACUUUUGUAAUUUGUUUUAAACUGUUUUAUGUAUAGUAAGCACAACUGUAAUCUAGUGUUAAGAGAAACUGGUGCUUUCUUUUAGUUCAUUUGUAUUUCCCUUGUUACUGUAAAAGACUGUUUAUGAAUUAUGUUUACAGUUUGUCGCAACAGCCAUUUUCUUGGGAGGAAGCUUGAGUGUAAAGCCAUUUGUAAAAGGCUUUGCCAUACUCAUUUUAGUAUGUGCCUGUUGCUGUUAACUUUUGAUGAAUAAAAACCUAUCUUUUCACAUUUUAUCUUUGAUAUUUACCUUACAACUCAAUCCUUUGGCAAUCUUAAUGCUAAAUGACUAGGAAAUCGAAGACUUAGCUUCUUGGCUUUUGCAUUCACUCAUCAAAUACUGACUCAGUCAGUGCUGCGUGCACCAUCCUCUGAGGAGCUCUAUUACGUGUACUUCACAGCCCAGGUAUGUAGUUCGCUGAGUCCUGGCGAAUGCACGGUGGAGGUCAGCUUUGAGCCCAGGCUCUUGACUCUGCAACCGUUUGUUACCACAGUUGGGGACUGCUUACCGCAUCAGCACCUCUUGCAAAUACUAAAGUACUCGUCAUAUUUAUGUCUGUCAUUGGCCUUUUACAAGUAAUAAGAAAUGUCCACUUAAUUCUAUUUGAUUGACAUCAGUGUAAGAAAGGUACCAUCGGGCCUUCCCUCCAGCUUCCCAGGUCCAAUUCAUUCGAGGGAAAUAGCGCAAACUUUAAAAUCAGACAUACUGGAUUAUAUCUGUAGAAGAAUGCUGUCCAAUGAAAACACAAUACAAGCCACAUAAGUGAUUUUCCAUUUUCUAGUAGCCAUAUUAAAAAAAAAAAAGAAUAGAUUUUAAUAUUUAUUCCAAUAUAGCCAAAUUAUUUUAUUGUUUCAACAUGUAGUCUAUAUAAAAACAAUUAUUGAGAUAUUUUACAUUCUUUUUUUGAUACUAAGUCUUUGAAAUCCAGCAUGUAUUUUACACUUACAGCACAUCUCAGUUUGGACUUCCUGUAUUUCAAGUCCUCAACAGCCACAUGUGCUAGUGGCACAGAAGGUCUGAUGCAGCAGAGUUGAGUGUUACCUGUGGAAAGCCAAUUGGCCACUCAUAUGAGGGGGCAUCUCUGAAGCAAAUUUGAUGUGUCCAGAGUCUGAUCAGGACUCCUACAAGCUCACAUUUGUCAGCACAUGGACAGUGGACCCAUCUCAUGUCUCACUGACAUUAACCAAGCUCACAGUAACUGAUGUUUGAAAAAAUGGUAUUGGUAUUUAAUUUUAAUAAUAAGAAAUAUUACUAUCAUUCUCUCCCUUUAGGCAAAUCAUCUUGGAAAGUCAAAUUAUGAUCAGAUUGUUGCUUGGUGAGCAUGGAGUCUGAGCAAGGGAAGCAAGUUCCUCAUUCAUGCAUCUCCCUGUGGGGAUAUGCCUGCUGAUAGUCACACUUGUGGACCAGGGUACCCUCGUCCCUGGAUGACGCUAGAGAUUCUCUGCCAGUAGUUGCUUCUCCACUCCAUUAGAUAUUCCAGUACCUUCAGCUGUGUUUCAGUUGAGCCUGCCUGGGCUCUGUUCCACCUGUGCAUGACUGUUUUCCUUCUGAUCCAUCACUGGAUACGUCUUACAGUUUAACACUAGAAGGAUUAUCUUAUGUCCAUUUACUCAGAGGGAGACACCCGUAUGUCGCUCUUGUUUUCUGUCCAUCAUAAACACCCGCUGCAAAGUUGUAUUUUUUUAUGUAUAUGUGGGAAUCGCCUUCUAUGGCCCUGCUUCUUAAUUUGCCCUAUAUUCUUUGAACACUGAUUUACUAGAAAAAAUUACAGGAAACAUUUAAAUAAUUUAGAACCUUGCGUUUAAAAUAAGUGAAUUAUGGAACAGAAUGCAAAAUUCAAAUGAAUUUUUGAGAAAAAAGCAGGAGACAUAAAAGAAUUCUUGAGCAUCUCACAGCCCUGUGGGGGUCAAUGCUGACCCUUGGGUUUAAGCUUUUGAGAGAAAAAUUUGACAAGCCCGAGCUUAAAGAAAAAAAUAAAACCUAGUUUCUGGUCAAUAUUUGUACUCGUAAAUGCGAUGGUCUGUAAUUGUUCAUCUUUGUAUAAAAGAAGUAAAAAUUUUAUGUCCUUUGCAAAUCUGGGAAAUAUAUUUGUACCUUAGGUACAGGUUAGAGGUGGUAAUUAUUCUGAAGAUUCCCUAAAACAGUCUCUUUCCAAAAUGUUUUCUUGGCUCUUACGGCUAUUUCCUUAGAACUUUAAACCUUUCACAUCAGAGGUUCCCAUCUGAAGGUAUAUUUUGUUUAAACUCCCCUCCUAAUCCGUAUCUUCUGAUUGAAAAAUACAGUGACCAAUAGUUAAUAUGAAUUCAGUAUUGUUUUUAAAUAAAUGUGCAUAUUAAUCACCAUAACAUCAGCACACAUUUGAGACACAGCAGUACAGAUGUGUACCAAAGUCUGUAGCCAGUCCUUGCCAAGGAUCUGCAAAGAAGCUGCAUCAUUUUCAGGGCCCCCAGGGUCCAUGGUGCCCAGCUGGAACUACCACUAUUUGGUGGCGUGCUGAGAGGCACACAGCACAUCCCCUUCAUCUUCCCAUGUCCUGUGCUGAGCACAGGGCUGGCACAAACUAGACCAUCAAUAAAUGUUUGUUGAACCAAUUCAUGUGGUAUUAAUGUGUUUCCUUUGUGAUCGGCUGCUAACGUAAAGGUU